AUGAUAUCCGUUUCCAGAGCAGCAAUAAUACCCUGUCGCAGCUGGUGCCCGCGCAGCUCCUCCAAAUGCACCGACAGUGCGCUGUCCAGUUGUGAGAGCUGUGCCAACGCCCCCACACUAACUCUUCCGGGCUUCACUGGCUGGCUGGACAGACUGGCGAAUAGAGCAGCGCUUAUUCUGUCGAUAUCAUUCAGCGUUUUUAUUGCUUCUUGGUUCCCAACGCCCAUCAUCAUGGACUUACUAGAGCAACCCGCACGGGUGAAGAAUUCUUUCAUCAAGACUGACGGUCUCCGUGCGUGGUAUGACGAGAACGGCAAUCCAGUUGAGCCGUUCAUCAUCGGCAUAGCCGGGGGCAGUUCGAGCGGCAAGACGUACGUAGCGGGUGAAAUCAUAAAGCGUCUGCACAACGUACAAUCCAUAGCCAUCAUCUCCCAGGACAGUUUCUACGGCGAGCGAACACCCGCUGAAAUAGACUUGGCGUACAAGAACAUGUACGAUUUCGACUCACCCCAAGCUAUCGAUAUGGAGCUAUUCACUAACGUACUCAACGAUAUUAAGAAAUGCAGGGCUGUCCAACUCCCAAACUACUCAUUCAACACGCACUCCCGUCUCCCCCAAUCCACCUACUUGUACGGUGCACGCGUCGUUAUCGUUGAGGGGAUCCUCGUUCUCACUGAUCCCGCCUUGCGCGACUUUUUCGACAUGAAGGUCUUCGUGCAAUGCGACAGUGAUGUCAUGCUCGCGCGGCGCAUCAAGCGCGAUGUCGUCGAGAGAUCGCGCGAUGUCGACGGUGUGCUCAGCCAGUACCUCAAAUGGGUCAAGCCGUCUUUUGAAAAUUUCGUGCUUCCCUCCUCCCGUCAUGCUGAUAUCAUAGUGCCUGGCGCAGCCAACAGUGUAGCGGUGGAUCUGAUAGUGACGCAUCUCAAAACGCAGCUCACACAGCGCUCCCGAUUCCUUCGCAAAACACUCUCCACCACUUCACCCCGCUGCUCCGACUUACCGCCUAACGUGCGCGUGAUAGCGAGCACCCCGACACGUAACGCCCUCCUCACACUCCUCCGCGAUCCUUGCACACCCCGCACGCAAUUUGUCGAUGCCGUCGACCGCCUAGCUGCAAUGGUGGCUGGAGAGGUUUUGGCCUAUCUCCCGCACGAGAAAUGUGUGGUAGACACGCCCUUAGCGGUGAGUGAGGGGGUGCGAAUGAAUCUGAGUGAGGGUAGGCAUCCUGAUGCUAAUGUUGAUGCCAAUGUUGAUGCUAAUGUUUCAACACCCGGCAAUCUCUGCGCAGUGGCCAUCCAGCGCUCCGGCUCACUCUUCAAUCACGGCCUGCGGCGUAUUUUCCCCGAUGUAGAACUGGGCUCAAUGUUGAUCCAGCACGAUACUGAACACGGUGAGCCGGCACUGUACCACCACAAUCUGCCGCGUGCAGUGAAGCAGGCUGAGACAGCGCGACACACUUGGGUGCUGCUGUCUGACUCCCAAUGCGGCACUGGCGCUGCGGCUUACAUGGCCAUUCGGGUGUUGCUGGACCACGGCGUCCUCCAACAUCAUAUCAUCUUCCUUACUUUCCUCGUCGCGAAACGCGGCGGCGUGCACGCUAUUCAUAGAGCCUUUCCCGGUAUUCAAAUCCUUACGGCCGCCGCUGACCCCGUGUUGCGCGAAGUCGAGGUGCCUAUUAGCGGUAAUGGUAGCGGGAAAGCUAACACAUUCAACGAGGAGAAUGACGCGCAGGAGAAUGUGCAAACUCACACUCACACACCCACUCACAGGCGCAAAAGCGUCGUUAGCUUGGAGGUCCCCGAACGCAAAAAGUACUGGCAGAUCGUACCAGGGAUGGGCAAUGUGGGCGAUAGGUAUUAUGGGACGGUGUGA